AUGAAGAAUUACGAAUUAUCGGCAAUGGUGAUAACGAUAUUGAAUUACUUGUUCGCGUUACGAAACUUCCAAGAUCCAAGAAAGGACACGUUGAAAUUCAUAUGCUGCUGUACCUACCAAAUUUCGUUGGUCACUUCGUACACCAUUCUCGCAUACAUUUUCAACAGGUUGAAUAUAAUAAUGGAACCGUACAACGUAGAACGCAUCAUGUACACGAUAUUGUACUAUGUCAUCAUCAUAGGAUACAUAUCUCUAGUGACGCUGGGUCUGUACCAUUCGAAGAACGUAUUGAAGCUAAGAAAGAAGAUUGACAAGGUGGACGAGCAACUUGAGAGCAUGGGCGACGAGACCGGGUAUCGCAGUAUUUUUCUUCGCGAGAGGAUCAUCAGCUUCUUCUGGUUUCUGUUAUCGGCAUUACUAUUUGGAUUGUAUUUUAAAUGGUUAACGUUGCAUCAUGAAAGAAUCGGGGAGUUCUAUAGUGUAACUUCUUUCAUGUUCGCUAUAAACGCUGGAUCGAUUACUCUUAACGACUUUAAGAUACACAUACAUUGGCUAGAACACCGAUUUAAACUGACCAACGAGCAUCUCCAUGCUUUCCUCUUCGACGGUGGUAAAACGAAAGCGAAGAAAUCCAACGAGGAAAUCAUCUUCAGACCGAGUUAUAAUUUUCCGAGUAAAUUUCAAUCGGACAUAUGGUUGUCGGAUCCCGUGUGCGCCAUCCGAGAACCACCCUUGAUCCACACAGCAAGCUCGGAACAGGGAUCGCGAAAAAAUUCGUCGCAGGUCGCCGAGAAAGUUCGUUCGUUCCAUCGAAUCAGAUUCAUGCACCUGCAACUCUGCCAGGUGUCGAAGAUGCUGAACGAGAUAUUCGACACACAGUUAUUGCUAUAUUCGUUUAUAAUAAUGGUAUACACUACUAUAUCUAUUUACUACAUAUAUGCGAUAGUUCGUAGAGCAGAAAUGGCAGAAAUCAGAAUGAGAAAAAUCUCGAUCAUCGUGUAUAUAUUCAACGGUUUGCUGGCUUUCAUGAAGAUCGUUGCAGUGAGCCAUAGUUGCGAAUAUACAAUGAAAGAGGCUAACGAGGCGAUAGAGAUCAUCCACUCGAGCUCUUUGUACGAAACAGAUGCUGAAUUAAAAGACCAGAUAGUUCAAUUUUCUCUGCAAAUAUCGCUCACGCAGCUCGGAGCAUCGAAAUCGACAGAGUACAAACUGAACUAUAACUUCAUUCGCAAGUGUUUGAACUACAUGUUGUCUUAUUUGGUGAUCAUGAUACAGUGGUGUCAGACCACGUAG